AUGACGAGCAGAGUCGAAGUCACGCUCGAAGCUAUUCCGUUCAUCAAGAAAUCGGACGAUCUUGCUGACCACUGCGUUCACAGAGCUAAAAAUUUGUCUCGUACCAUACGAGAUGAUCCGAAUGCUACUAUACCACUGAGCGAUAGGUUUUAUCUGAUGAGCAGAGGCUACAUCCCAUUCGUUACACGUCCGAAAUGGUCAUGUCGCGAUGGUCUUCCUGUCACUGUUGUCGCAUACACUAUGCGAGAAGAUCAAACAACUCUUUCUAGACUGAAAUUUCCCACGCACAACGAUGAUACCACAUCUCUUGCAAGUUGGACCAAGCUAGGAGGUUGA